AUGACUGAGGACCUUGUGGUAUGCGGCGACUAUCCUAAGCUUGCCAAGCGCCUCCCAGGAAUCCCAAUGGAUACUGGCAUCGAUUGCACGCCUGGCACAGGACAUACAAGUCCAGGUAGCACAUUCAGGUUGGGCUUGCUAGCGGAUGCAUCGAUAGCAAUCCGGCGAGAAGGCAGUGCGCUAGAGAUAUCAGAGCCAGCAGAAUGCAUACCUCCAACCCGCCUGCUCGGGGUCGCAACUGACUCCCGCAUCCCACACGGCCCAACGCGUCAGCCAUCUACUCAAAAACUUCUAAACACCUUACCCUCAUCAAUCCGCUCUCGGGCCUCCUCCCUCGACAAGCCCCGCCCCCUCCCCUUUCGCUGGCAAUUUCCAGUCGGUAAGCGCUACCGCGUCGGCGAUCCUGCUGCCUUUGCCGCGAUGAAGGAACGGAAUAUCGAAUGGUAUGUAACAACGGGUGUGCUGGUGGAAGACUGCACUGGCCUAAGGUGGAAUGCUGGUACCUACAACUACCUCUUAUACUGGCACGUAGAAGGCAUGCCGGCGCCUGGAGAGGAAGACGCGGGACAGAAGUGGUUGCAGAUAGAACCAGACGUCGUGCGAGACUGGCAAAGAGAGAAUUGGGAGGCCGAUUUUGGGGAGGCGGUGAUGGAUGUGGAAGACGAGCCUGCAACUCCCAUUGUAGAAGGUUUCAACAUCAUGAACGAACCAUUGUCGCCGCUUAACAAGAACGGGCCGCCAUCACCUUCUCCAUCAACUCAAUCGGAUAAUGGUCCUGAGUCACCGAAAAGAGAGAAAAAAGUGAAGUUUCAUCGGAAGAAAGGGAAGAGGACGGUACUGUUGGAAGUCGACGAUGAGGGUGUACCAGUGGAAGAACAAGGUAAGAUUGUCGAGACGAAAGUGGAUGAGACGGACGUCCUGUCCGAUAAUGAGGGGAGGUCGGCAAAGAAUGGUUGGGGGCGUAUUGAAUAAGGCACUCAAAGUAG